CGAAUAUACUAAAGCUUUCAUUCAUGAUAUCAAGGAAAACUUAUGUAAAAUCGUUUAAUUCCAAGUUCUUGAGUUUACUUUUUUCCAAGUAAAACCAAAUUAGUAAAAGUGGGAACCAAAACUCGUUCCUUUUUUCUCAGUUUCUAACGGUUACUUUUUUACCACAUAUAAACGUGUCUUUCUAAAGGUGAUAUACAUCGUUUAAUUCCAACUUUUGUUAAAUAAAACCCAAAAAAAUGGAACCAGAACCUCUUUUACAGUUUCUAACGCUUACUUUUCUUUUCUGUUCGACGGAUUUUCAGUAGAAAAUCAAUCACUUUCUACGUGCACAGCAAAAAGUUAAAUUCUAAAUUAAAAGGCAAAAAUAUCUACUACACUUCAACGAUUUCAUUGCUAAAAGGUAACAUUGUAGAAAUCCAAAGCUAGUUUGGGAAUUCCAAUUUUAUAUGUUUAUAAUAAAUAAAUAAAAACUGAAUUUGCAUAUUCUUCAAUAAUUUGUUUUCUGGUUGACUUCUCAGAAAGUUCGCAAGUCAUUCGGUUCACGAUAGUUCCGUGUACAUCUCAUUGAUAGUCCAAACAAGAAAACAACUCUUCAUAGAAAUGUCAACAUUAUCCUAUCUAUCAUACAUUGAAAUGUCCAAAAAUAAUUUUUUUUGAAUAUUCUUAGACAACAAAGUGUCUGUUUAAGUUCAACCACUCCUUAAUUUUAAGAUUACAAGAUAAAUUUAUUGCUAACUACACAGCACAUUGGACUGCUCCUGCACUUCACUUCCUCCUCUCUCGGUAUACAAAUGAUUCAAUGAAGAAGAAGAACAUUACAUUUUAGUUUCUUCCGCAGAAGAGUCUUGAACUGUUAUUUUAGUUGUUGCAUUCAGGGAGCUUCCGUGCAUAAACAAGCACCAUUACAAAUUCCUUUGCAGAGGAACCUAUAGUUGCAGCUACUCUUUCAUGCUUAGAUGUUGUUUCCAACCAUAGCUCCACUAAGCUGUGAAGCUCCAACGUUGGGAUUACUGCUUCUCCCAUACAUCUUAUCUCUACCUGUUAUAUAAAAUAAACAUAAAACGAAUGAACACAAGGGAGAGCUGAUUUUAGAUCAAAUAUUCAAGGAUUUUAACUCAUCUAAACCGGUGAGACCCAUUAGCGAUGAUCUCAAAAUGAGAGUUCCCCUUAUAUCACGCUAUAGCUUGAUUCAUACAAGUUUCAAAUAAUACACUAACAAUUAUGGACCCUUAUAAUCACCCCUAUUGAUUGUAGGAACUGACUCAUUAAAGUAGCAACUGCAUUAGAAAUAUUGCGUACCUCAGUUUCAGUCUUGAGAUCAAGCUUCCUCAUGAGGUACUUUUGGAUAAAAGAAACUGGAAUAUUUCCAUCCCUGUCAUAUGAUUAGAGACAGAAGAUCAACACUGCUACAAUAUAAUUCCUUCAAAUAAAGAAGUAGACACUCCAAAUCCAGAAUUAGGAAAGUGAUGUCAGGAUGUCCACGGAAGGAACAGGAUUACCCUUUGGGCUGAGCAACAACCUCUUGGGUUGGAUUCUGUUUGGUUUGAUCUGGACUUUCUACUUUGUCUACACUUCAUCUCUCGAGGAGGAUCAAGAAUCUGGUCUUUCACUCUGAACAUGGAACUAAUAUGUCUUUUAGCCUUCAUCAGUGUUCAUCUAUCUCCUUAUCUUUUUCAUGUGAGGACGUUAAUCAAUAAAACUUCUUCUGUUUCCUUGUAAUUUUAAGUGUAACUUCAUGUGUACAUCUUGUUUCAAUUUUUCACAAUCUGUCGAAUUUUCACACAAAAAAGAUGAUUAAAUUAGAAAUCAGACCAUGUUGGAGAACCAUAUAAGAGUGAGUUAACCAGCUGGUUAUAUAACUUACGAGUACAAUAUACAUGCAAGAGCCUCAUCGAUAAGAAGUCAUGGACACUAGGAAUAACAAAUUACUUUUCUUGGACUAAGUUACAUGAAAUUUCAAUAAAAAUCAAUUGACAAUUGCGACUUGAGAAUCCAUUGUCCAUGUCUGAUGUCUUUUAUAUCACUUUAGGUCUCAUCUCAUUUGAUGUGAGAUUCCUAAAAAAUUCUUUAAUCCACGUUUAAUUAAAGGAGUCAAGACUCAAGAGGGAUAGAAUCUUUGGCAAUUUUUUUUUUUUUUUUGUAACUUGGCUUUCAAAUUAAAACAAAAGGAAAUGUAAAAACAUUACAAGUCUAAAGAGACUAACAUUACAGUUAUACCAAAUUAAAAAGAAUAAAUAAAAAUAUUGUUUUGGUUCACAGUAAUUAAAGUCACUUUGAUAAACUUGGGGAACCUUUUGGACGAUCUUCUGUGAUCUCUUUAUCUCUUUUUUUGGUCUCCACAUUCUUUUCUUCCUCCUUUGUUUUGUUAUAAAUAGCAUAUGAUUCAAGAAACUCGUCUCAUGCAACACUGAGCACAAGACUGUAGUAUUACAACAAAAACAAAAAAAAAACUCUUUUCUUCACCCAAAAGUGAGAUUUAUUUCAUGGGCUUUCAGUUUUAAAUAUCUUUUAAUCUAUUAGGGGAAACAAAGGUGGAGUUUGUUUCUUCUUCUCCAAGAAACAAGCCCUAGAUUGAUUGAAACUUCCUUCAAGAAACCAUGGACAAAGUUGUGAGAAUGUCUUCAGAGAAAGGAGUGGUUAUAUUCAGCAAGAGCUCGUGUUGCCUGUCCUAUGCGGUCCAAGUCCUCUUCCAAGACCUAGGGGUUCACCCGACCGUCCAUGAGAUUGACAAAGACCUUGAUUGUCGUGAGAUCGAGAAAGCCCUCAUGAGGCUCGGGUGUUCCACGCCGGUCCCAGCCAUCUUUGUGGGAGGGAAGCUGGUGGGUUCGACCAAUGAAGUCAUGUCGAUGCACCUAAGCGGUUCGCUCGUUUCGCUGGUUAAGCCAUUUCAAGCUAGUCUAUGUUAAAAAGGUGUUCUAACUUUAUAAAGUUCAAAGACACAAGUUCAAUAAGAAGCAACCAAAAAUCAUAGAAUCGUAUAGCCGAUUCAACCUUUGUAAUGUAGAUUUAUAAUUAUUGUUGGUUUUGUAAUUUCAUAAAGAUCCUAUAAUAAUACUUAUUUAUAACGUUA